CCUCCCUCGGCUUGGCUUGAGGGCGUCUCGUCUGGCUCCUUUACCUCAGUUUGUGGGUGAUGUUUACGCUUUGAAGAGCAAGACAGAAGAGCCUCUGCAAAAUGGCAACUGCUCAGAAGCAAAGGAAUAGCAUGAGUGCAGUUGUGUUUCCUAACAAAAUAUCUACUGAGCAGCAAUCCCUGAUGCUAGUGAAGAGGCUCCUGGCAGUAGCUGUAUCCUGUAUUACAUAUCUGAGAGGAAUUUUUCCAGAAAGUGCCUAUGGAACAAGAUACAUGGAUGAUCUCUGUGUCAAAAUCCUGAGGGAAGACAAGAACUGUCCUGGCUCUACUCAGCUGGUGAAAUGGAUGUUAGGAUGCUAUGAUGCCCUGCAGAAGAAAUAUCUGAGAAUGAUUGUCCUGGCAGUCUACACUCACCCAGAGGAUCCUCAGACAAUUACAGAGUGUUACCACUUCAAGUUCAAGUACACUGACAACGGGCCACUCCUGGAUUUCAGCAGCAAGAAUAAAAUGAAUGAUUCCACAAUCAGCUGUGCAGACACCAAGAGAGCCAGUAUCCUCCUCAUCCGCAAGAUCUACGUCCUCAUGCAGAACCUGAGCCCGUUGCCAAACGACGUUUGCCUGACUAUGAAGCUGUUCUAUUAUGAUGAAGUGACACCAUCUGACUACCAACCCCCUGGUUUUAAGGAGGGUGAAUGUGAGGGGAUGAUCUUUGAGGGGGAGCCUAUGUAUCUGAAUGUGGGUGAAGUACCAACACCGUUCCAUAUGCUGAAAGUUAAAGUGACAACUGAAAAACAACGCAUGGAAAACAUUGAUAAAAGCAUCCUAAAGCAUGGAGAGACCAACCUGCCUCUCCAGGUGCUUCAGGUGGACAGAGAUGAUCAGGAAGAAGAGAACCAGAACAUGAAUGAAGAUCCUGUCUUGGGUAACAAAGUGGAAGACAGGAACAACAUCAGUAUUUCAGAAGCUCAAGAACCAAAUGUCAUUGAUGAAGUUCUGAAGUCUGGAGGGAACCAGAAUCUCUAUGUUUCGAAUCCUCAGGUCGAUCAUUUGGCAAAUAAGACAUCUGAACUUAAAGUCUCGGAGAGCAGGACAAGAAGUGGAAAGAUAUUUCAAAGCAGCAUUGUCCAUCAGUUUGAGCUCUCAUCCAGCCAAGACGUGCUACCCAAAAGGAGGAAGAUCAGUGAACCGAAGGAAGGGUUCUAAACCCCACGUUCUCCUCCCCUUCCUUCUUCACACACCCGCUGCCCUCCCCUGUUGUUGUUUAAUGCAAACGUUGGUGUUUAAAUCCCGGUUUUGGGGAUCUUUUGUGUUGCGGUUGUGGCCAAAGGGAGCAUUUAAGGGCAGCAAACGCGCCGCGGAGCAGAGCCGGCGCGGGAUGGGGGUGGGAGGGUUGCCGAAGGAACCUGUUCCUUAUUAAAAUGAUUGAAUUGCACAAGUUGGACGUGGCACCGUUUCAGUUCCAGCCGACACACACUGUUCGUUUCUCACCUGAGCCGGGGCGAAGCUGUUCCUGCGUGGGAGAAGCCGUGGGUGAGCCGCUGCCCUGCGUGGGUGUGCUGAACGCUACUUGACUUUGAAAUUAACGAGCGUCUUUAAUCAUUCCUCGAUUAAAAACAACGGGUUAGCCCGGUUUAACGGUUAA